AUGUUCCGCAUAGGCAUAGUAUUUCUUCUAUGUGCAACUGUAGUAAAAACAAAUCCGCCUACUCUCAGAGAUUUGGUAAAUCCAUGGGAACAGACUGCCCUGCGUGAUACACUAUCGGAUAUUGUUGAACUCGAGUACAAGGACAAAGUCGUUGCUUUCGAUCAUGCUGAACCUACUCCUGACUAUAAAGUACGUCCUCCGACCGUCAGUCAGCUCAACCAGAAUUACUCGGACCUUCUGUAUCAAGCAGAUAUCCGGUUACCAACGCAUCUGCUAAGAAGUAUGAUAAGCGGAUCGCUAACUCGUAAAAAACGAACGACUUAUCGCGAUCGUUUCUAUCCUUCGACGAUAUGGAAAGAUGGUGUACCUUUCGCUUUUCAUAAAAGCAUGAAUGCAUGGGGGAGACGAUCUGUACUAGCCGCAAUACAAUUCUGGAGGAAAAAGACGUGCAUACGUUUUCGUCGAAGGACCAAAGAAAAGGUAUACCUGCUAUUUGUUGGAUACGAUUAUGGAUGCUGGAGUACAGUUGGUCGUGAUGCCUACCAAGGGCAACAACUGGUAUCUAUAGGAAGAGGAUGCGAAGCGUUCGGCAUCACUUCACAUGAGGUUGCCCACGCUCUUGGCUUAUUCCAUGAACAAUCGCGCUAUGAUCGAGAUAAUUGGAUAACCGUUUUUCCUAAUAGAGUGCCUCGAUCGCAACUUUACAAUUUUGCAAAGGUAGGGCCAAAAAACAUGAGACUAUACGGUACAGCUUACGACAUAGGCAGCAUCAUGCAAUAUACUCCAUUUGAAUUUUCCACUGAUCCUAGAGUGCCAUCUAUGAUUGCCACAAAUAUAAAUGAUCAAGGCGCAAUGGGACAAUUGGCGGGACCAUCGUUCCAAGAUGUCCAAAUUAUGAAUCACCAUUACGGUUGCCCAGCAAAAUGCCGUCCCCGUAUACAAUGUCAUAAUGGAGGAAUACAAUAUUUUCACGACUGUAGAAUAUGCAUAUGUCCAUCCGGUUACGGAGGAAGACGAUGUGGUAAACCUCAACCGCCUUCUAUUCGUAAUUGUGGUGGAAAAAUUCACGCAAAAGCUGUACCGCGUCGCAUGAGACUGAAAAUCAAAGCCAGAAAGAAUGCAGGAACUAGCCCUCGGACAUGCAUCUAUCAUAUCAUGUCCCCUCGUGGAACCCGCAUUCAUCUCACGAUUGAAAAAGUUGUGAGCACUUGCAUGCCCGGAUGUUGGAGAGAAGCAGCAGAGUUCAAAACUCGAAACAACAAGGGGAUCACAGGCAAUAGAUUCUGUUGUACACUAACGACACACAAAAGAAUAUUGGCCAAUUCAAAUGUUGUUCCUGUAAUGCUGAAAUCAAUCAAAAAACCAGCUGAAAUCAUCGUGCAGUAUAGUUUCGUGAAUCGCAAUAUUGCGAGGGAUGACGAACCCGAAAACGUAGCCGAAAAUAGUACUCUCCGCUUUGGACCUGGAGUGAAGACUUUCGGAGAUGAUAACGAGUUUGAGAUGGAGAUACAACCUCUAGACAAUAGCCAGACUGGCGAACAGCUAAACGAUAUCGUAGCUCAUGAUGAAAAUACUGAAGAGCCGGAAACUCCGGAGGAUCCUACCGAGUUUCAGAGGAACCUUUUAGAGGAUCUCUAUGAAAUGCCACCCCUCGAUCCUGAUCUUGAAGAUAUUUUUCUUGAUGGUAAUGAUAAUGUAGAAGUAACUCCCAUGGCGGAGGUGGAUGUUAGGUAA